AUGGAGGCAGCACGGCCAUACGUGAAGGAGAUGGCAAGCAAGCACCAUCCGCAUCUUGUGCGUCUGUUGGGCUAUUGCAUCGACUUCGACCUCUCCACACGACUCAUGGAGCAGAUCCUCGUUUACGAGUUCAUGCCCAACCACGACCUUGAGAGCUGGAUUGGUUCUGGUGUCUCCCAUCCUCUUUCGCUUCGUCAAAGGCUUGACGUUCUGAUUGGAGUGGCAAAGGGGUUGCAGUAUCUUCAUGACUUCGGCAUUGUGCAUCGCGACAUCAAACCUGCCAACAUUCUCCUUGAUGCAAAGAUGCAGGCAUGUCAAUAUUGUGACUUUGGGCUUGUGAAGCUUGGUGGGGGCACUGCUAUGGGCACGUCUGUGGCUGCCACUCGAGUGAUGGGAACACCGGGCUAUGUGGACCCUGCGUAUUUCAAGUCUCAUAAGGCCACUCCAGCAGCAGAUGUGCACAGUUUUGGCGUGGUGACGCUGGUGGUUAUCACGGCGCGCAAGGCUGUGCAUGUAACAGAGGAAAACCAGAUCAAUCUCAAACAAUGGGUGGCCCCGUUGGUGGACUCCGGUGCUGUAUUGGCAUUCAAGGACCCUCACUUGGACGCACCAGAUGACUUGGUGCUGCGCUGGGCUCGCCUUGCCCUCUCCUGCACCGCCAUGCCUACAGCCUCCCGCCCCUCCAUGAAUCAAGUGCUUUGGGAGCUGGUGAAGUUGAAGCAGGAGGCGUCCGGAGCACAUGAGUGUCAUGUGGGCGAGGCCAAAUCUCGCAUUGACAUGGAGCUUGGGAGCUCCAUUGGCUCCUCCAGCUUCACUGCUGAAAUGGCCCGUGCGGAGCGCGAGGGGGGCAUGCCAAGUGGCUCCUCCACGUAA